AUGUCUCCUCAUUUCUACUCAGUCCCUCUCAUGGAGGAAAAUACCGCCGGCCCGCUGUCGCCCUUAAACCUAUACGGACCGGCCACUAAUUGCUUGCAAUUAUCGCUGGAGCCACUAAAGAGUAUCGACGAUAUCCAGUUAUGCGCGUCGGCUCGGGACCGCGCCGUAUCCUCCCCGUGGCGACCAGGUCUCGUAGCUCAUCUCCCGCAGUCGUGCACAAUCGCCCAUCCAGCUCCUAUCCGAACACGCGCUAGUUAUAGUCGGAUUCUUGACGGUGAACAGGAUAUUGCACCCAGGAACGCUGCAAGCACACAAUACAAUAUGACAGCAGGGUGUCAUGAUGCAACAAAAGAGGAUCUUCCAACAUCCUCAACAGUGGUGGACUCAGCUCAGGACAAGACGAGCUUGUCCGCGUUGCACAGCCCGUAUCACGGAACGGAAGACUGGGUGUUCUCCAAGGGGGACACUCACCAUAUUCCACUCCCACAAACCCAGACAGAGCAGCUGGCACAAGAGCAACCAUCUGGGGUAAACAGCGCCAGUGAAAGCCUGAAUGCCGCAAUGCUCCAGCUGCUUCAGCUGUGGCAUCAGCGAUUUUACGCUCUCGACACUGAGUACCGCACCGCCGGACGUAUGCAGGGGUCGACAGAUGCCCCUGCACAUCCCAGGAGGAGCAGAGGUCGUCGUGGUGCUGGGAAGCAGAAAGGAAGGAAGGGGGGUCGAGGAGCCAAGCAGUACGACCAGGGCAGUGAACACGAGGAAUAUAUAUAUGGUCGAGUUAUCGCUAUCACCCAGCGCAAUAGAGAGCGAGGAUGCGUAGAGACGCUCGCCGUCGUUGGGUAUCCGAUUCUUGUGAACAAAGGUGAGCCCAAAUGGGUGGCAAUAAUGGACGAUCGAACGGAUGCACUUCGUGAUCAGGGUCGUUUGGGGGCAGCGAAGAAAUUUGCAGGAUUCUCCGUGCCUGAAAUUCUGAUCGGCGAAGCGAAGGACCAAGUCGUCCUUGAGUCUGGUAUCACACCUCGUACAACGUUUCCACCUGAUCCAGUACUGUACGCAACGCCAGUGGGGAAAAUCCAGUCAGAAAAAAUCUAG